AUGGCAUCGUCACAAGCACCUCCUGCCGCCCCGAGCGAGGACCAGGACAACAAGCCCCGUGAGCCCAAGUACGGCGGCUACACGCGCUUCGAGAUUGAGCUCGAGUUUGUCCAGUCGCUCGCGAACCCGAACUACCUGAACCACCUCGCCGCCCAGAAGCUACUCCAGCAGCCCGCUUUUGUCCAGUACCUCAAGUACCUGCAGUACUGGAGCAAGCCACCAUACCUCAAAUACCUCACCUACCCGGGCCCGACGCUCAAGAACCUCGAGCUGCUGCAGCAGGAGCGGUUCCGGCGCGACAUCAUUAGUCCUGACUUCGUCGCGGCACUGAUCCAGGAGGGCACAAAGUCCGCCGUCGAGUGGCACAAGGAGAAGGAGGUCUGA